UUCAAGUUUGUGGAAAUUCUUAUCUCAGAGGCUUCUCUCAAGCGUUGACGCGAAAUGUACAUGCGCAUAAAACCUCGAAUAAAUCGGACAGUUCGCGCGCUACUUUUCAAUUGACUAAUAUCGAUUCUCGACGACAAGUGUGGCCGUAUGCAACUUCGCGACGGAGCAAUAGGUGUAUCUCGGAUUACACAGCCGCAGUCGCAAUUGCAUUAACACGGUCUCGAGCCAAUGCCACCGGCAGUCUACGCGUUGGCACUCGCCACAAAACAGUGCGCCACAAAUCUCUCGCGAGAACGUGUAACUCUUCCGAAAUCUAAUUAACUCGAAGAUUGAAAUUUCCGGCAGUGAGUCGCGAAAUACGAACACUCGCGGCUCACAUGUAAAAAUAUUUCUAUAAAUUAAAUAAUUAAAUAUUUUGUGUCAAAUGAUGAUGUUGUGUCAUAAGAGUGCAAGGUUUAUAAAAUUUGUGGUUAUACGAAAGUGUUUGCAAACAAAAAUAUUUGUUUCCGAGAAUAAAACAAAAAAUUACUCUAAUUAGAAAUAUUGCAAUUUUAACGGGUAACGUCAAAAAGAAUCGAUGCAAAUUCGAUUGUCAUCAAUCGCAAAAAUCACGAACGGUCUUUCUCGUUUGUUGUCACAUAGGCAAAGUAAAGAAUCGAAUGUAAACAUUUUUGAAGAGAAUUUUUCAAAACACAAAUGAGGAUUCAUUGAUUAGAUAAACAUACGUAACUCUCUCUUUUUCUCUCUGCCAUUUUUUCAUGCCAAAACAUAAAAAUUAUACAUACUUGUUCAUGUAGCUACAAUAAAUGAUAAAUCCGACGACAUCUAUUUAGACGAGCGCGGAUUUUUACGAUAACGGACUCGAAUUGAAGACGCGAAUAAUUUAAUUCUCAAAUAAAGUUUCGCGAAUAAACGUUCGAAAGGAUUUGAGGAAAGGAUAGAAGUGUCGAAAGAGGAGGCAAGGUUAAAGCCCAUAAGAGGGCGAGGAAACAGGGAGGAGCACCGACGCCGAAACGCAAAUGUUCAACAUCGCUCCGCUACAGAGUUUUUGUCUUAUAAACUAUUUUCGAUUUGGUGAUAAAAAAUGGAUUUAUAAAUGCGUUAUGCGCAUCUAAAACUGAAUAUCGGGGACAGUGUUAUAUAUUUGGUGAAAACAAUGAAAAUUCGAUGAGGCCCCGAGUGUCAUCGUACAAAGACGAAAACAGAAAUAGCAACGCUUGUGCGCGAAUCGACUUGCGCGAUCGGGAGCGCAACAGUCAGAGUUCGUUAGUGAUCGAAGUAGGACGCGACGCAAGUGGUACAUGUGAAAAAAUAUUGAAUAUUCGUAGAUAAUGGUAAAAUUACAGUGACUUUAAGUAAUUAAAUGUAAUUUCACGUGUUCAAUGAAAAAGAAAGAACGCGUAGAAACAUUUGUUUGAGAAAGAAUAUAAUGAUUUGAAUACGUUUGAAGUUGUUCGGUCGUUUUGAAAUUUUUCACGACAAUCAUCAUGGAGGUCGAAGUUGUACCGUUUGUUGAUAAAAAUGAAAGCAAAACGAAUAUGCUGCCACGACGGGGUAGCAGAGUGCAAAUUGUUCAGAAGAAAGGAACAUCGCUCUUCAUCAUCAUGAGCUUCAUCUACGCGAACUUGCUCAUAGUCGUGUGCAUCGCUUACGUGAUAAGCGAAGUGGUGACGCACAAGUUGCCGCUUUAUUACUACGAGGGAUUCUUCACUUACCUGUACGGCAUGAGUAUCCUGUUCCUGUUGUACGUUUUCUGCUUCCUUCUUCAAGAAAGCGCCUGCUGUGCGAGAGGAAGCGACACGCCGCCACCGCCACCGCGACCACCCAAGGCCGGCUGGACCGCUAAGGAAUCCAAAGACAAGAACAAGAAAAAGGAUAAGAAGGAUAAAGAUCAAAAGCAACAGAAGAACAAAAAAGAAACUCAGGACGCAGCCGAUGUUGAAGCUGGCGUUGCCACGCGAGCUUUGCGAAAACGGAAAACUUCGCAAAACGAUCACAGUCACGGAAGCUUUUUCCUCCGAAUUGGCGCGAUAGCCUUUGGAUUGGGUACCAUGGUAUACAAUGGUCUGGAAUUCGGCGCGUUCUUCGAAAUACCAUUUACAUCGCCCUGCUAUCAGAUAUUACAAGGCGUCAAUCCGGUGUUGCAAAUGAUCUUCACUUUCAUGCAAAUGUACUUCAUCUUUAUGAAUUCUCGACUGAAUAUCCAUCGCUUCAAAGUCAUCGCUCGCUUCGGACUGAUGCACGUGGUUGCGACGAAUCUUUGUGUAUGGAUACGCACGCUGGUACUCGAGAGCCUCAAAGAGAUCACUCAGUAUCACAAAAAACUAGGCCAGGUUGAAGCAGGAAUUCUUGAGAGCAUCAAGCAGCACUCGAUGCGAAAUGCCGGAGCCAUAUUGGGUACCGAGCCGCGCGACAUGGCACAAUUACGAGAAGCUCCUCUUACGGCGUCUACGAGGUCGACGACCGUCUUGCCGACCGUCACCACUAGCACGACCAUAACCGCUCUGGGCCGCGUGAUGAGAACAACGGCGAGAUCGAUCGCGGACUUGGUCACUACGCCGAGUUCCGCCACCACGACCACUUGGACGACCCCAACGACUACGACGACAGAGCCGACCACCACCGCUUCGGUGUUGCCUAAUCUGACGACCACUACGGCGACGACUUUAUCCACUCUCUUGACCACAUUCACACCAUCGACCAUCAGCACUACUACCACCACCACCACUACCGAAAGGAUCACCACUAUCCCGUCUACGACCAUCAGCACGACAUCUACCACGCCGUCCACCACCACUCUUUGGUCGCAGUUUAUGGAGCUGGUGAAUGUACCGCAAUCUGAUAUGGAUAACCAAGUUUCGCAGAUCUUCGAUGUCAGCAACAUCACGAACAGCAGUGAAUAUUGGAGUUCAAGCUUGGAUACCUUUGGCAUUCACCCAGAAGCCUUAACGGGGGACGGCACGAUAACCAAUUCGUGCGGACGCGUCAACAUCAUGGGUACCAUUGUCCAGGAUGCUGCGCCGUACUUGUUCCCUUUCAUAAUCGAAUAUAGUCUGAUCGGUGCGGCGGUGAUUUACGUCAUGUGGAAACAUAUUGGUCGUCAUCCGCGUUGGCCUCAUCAAGCGGAAGCGGAUCUCGAACGUCGCUUGGAAGCAAUGCUCUCACGAAGAGCCGUUGCUCUUGCUCAUGCAGGUCACGCCAGAGUCGAUUGCGUGGGAGCAAGCAAGGGUCUCUUCUUCGGUCUGCUUCUUCUGGUCGGCUCCCUGAUAUGUCUGAUCCUUUUCUUCGUGCUGAUUCAUCAUCCGGAACUCGGUCUGCUCGCGAUUUAUCUCGCCGAUGUCUCUCACUGCGUUCUUAUGGCGUUAUCCAUCGUCGCCAUAAUCGUCGGCUUCAUUCGCGUGCAGAGUCUCAAGUUCAAGGCCGAGGAACAAAGCGACCUCAAUGACAUCCUCCUGCGCGUCUCCGCCUUCGGUCUCUUCGUUUACGCCGUCUUUAGCGUGAUCGCCGGUUCUCUGGCAGCUUUCACGCACGAACCGAAUCUGUUGGUGAUGGUAACAGGAUUGCUCUCGGUUGCCCAGGUGGUUCUUCAGAUGCUCUUCAUCGCAGACGUGUCGCGCAGGCGAGUUCAUUUGCCGGAACACGAUCGCAGCAAACCCGGCAGACAGGUUGUCACUUUCCUGCUGAUCUGCAACGUGACUAUGUGGGUGAUCUACACCUUCGAGACCCAGAAGGUUAUCGCCAAUCCGGUGCAGCUCGAUUUCUACGGAUUCCUAGCCUGGGCCAUUGUGCAGAGGGUCACCCUGCCGCUGUGCAUUUUCCACAGGUUCCACAGCGCCGUGACGCUCGCCGAGAUCUGGAAGACCAGUUACAAGGCGCGUCUGGAGUAGACGAGCGAGGAGCCUCGUUGUGGUCAAUCGUCCGGUACGGUCGUCGGUUGGAACAGAAAAGCGAGCAGGUCAGGAUGCUCGACGACCUCGAUCACGUACAUCGAUUUCGGGUCUCGAAGAUGGACAGAGGCGGAAGAGAGGGCCGAAGAGAUUAGUUGAGGAAAGGUCGGCGGACGGAAAGACUAAAAAGCUUACGGAGAUCAACCAGAAUAAUCAAACACACACAGCGUGUGUAAUAUAUACGUCUGUUGCACGAAGAGACCUUCAGAUAAAUAUCCAAGUCGUUGAUAUAAUUGUUGAAAAAUACCAAGAAUCCCAGUUGGAAGUUGGAGAUUUAUCUCGUUGAAGAACCCUUUAUCGAACAUCUGAAGAGACAACUUCAGUGAUACGGUCAAGGUCGAUCUGACAUCCUCGAAGAGGAGCUUUCGUGUAAAGUGGAGCCAAGUCAUCAAAUCGCAAAACUAUUUCUCUGUCUCCGGUUGUUUUUUUUUGUUUUUUUUUCUAUAUACAUAUACACUUGCAUUUCUUCAGUUUCUCUUUUUUUUUAUGCUGUCUUAGCAUAAAAUCAGUAGAGACGGCGAGAAGAGGAUCGUAACAUCUGAAUGAAUGAUAGGCAAAUCAUCCUCGUCGAUCGGGACAAGCUUUCGCUUGCCCAUAUUGGUGCAAAAUAAAGCACAAAAAAAUAUUAGCGCUUCACGAAGUACGACGCAUUUUUCCCUCACCAUGUUUCUCACCUUACACGAUCUCUAUAUACUGCCACCAAAUUUUCUACUUUUAUAUGUAUAUCUUUAUAUGUACUGUAUGUGUACCUUCGCCCCAUUGUGCGUCAAGAGCACGAGAUAGAUAAAAAAAUUCGGUUCACUCGCGAGAAUUUAGAUUUAGCUCGAUAUUUGUCCGGCAUUUCACUCUUGUUUCAUUCAGUACGAAUAUAUCGGAUCACGCUGUGAUAUACUUUUUGUGAACAAAAAAAAAAAGAAAAACUUUUAAGUCGGCGUUGGCGACAAAUUUCCCUCUAUAUUUGUAUGUCAACGGUAUUUAAACUAAAUAUAUUUCAUAUUUUUAUAAGUCAUCGAUAUAUUUAGCAAACGAGAUUAGCUUCUAAGUUGAAUCGUGUUUAGUUCAAACGCUCGCUCUUUGAUAUCUUACGAGACGUUGAUUAAAUUCGGAACUAAAUGUCGAGAUUAACGGAUUUGUUUCCGCACUUUAUGAAAAUUAAAAUUUUCACAAUCUCGAGACAAGUGGAAAAAAUAUUCUUCACUGAUCGAGUCUGAUGAUCGUCGCGGAUCAGCCGAGUUCGGGAGAAAGCUCGAUAACAAAAACAGGGUAAAUUCGCAGCUCUGAUAAACCAAAAAUCGAUCGAGCUUUAGAUUCCUCGAUUUAAAAAUUCUCGAGCCACUUCACUCGUGCGAAACCGUGAGUGCUUUCUCGCGAUUAUAUUACGAGCACGAAAAUUAACGAGAGAUUUGCCUCUUCAAAAGAGGCAUCAUCCCGACACAUUUCUGUCGUUAUAAUUCUCGUUACGUGUUACAAAGUACAAAAUUAUUUCUCACAGGUUUUUCGAAUCUCUUUAUCGACACUUUUGGAGUUUUGCGCUCUUUGAGAACGCGCCUUAUAUAUAUCUUGGUCCAUGUAUUUUUAUCGCGAGCACAGAGAGAAGCGCACAUACGUACAACAACAAACGGUCGACAACAGCAUUGAAAGUCAAUGAAAAAAACGAGACCGGGCUUUUUUUCAAAGCCAACAUCACACAAACGAUUGUAGAACAUAGAGAGUAUCUUAUUAGCGAAUGUAUAUGGCAUAUAUAAUCGAGUUCUCGCGAACAUACGUGCGAAGCGUAAGUAACUAACGCGCUACGAUGCGGAUUAUGUGACUGAGAACUAAAGGCGCGGAGCGGGCGGAUAGAGCAGCGGGAAUAAUAAAGCGACUUUGCGUCGAAAAGACUUAUUUUCAGCGGAAAAAGCGACUCGUAUGUCGGCUUGUCCUUUAACAGCAGCAAAACGUUAUUGUGGCGUGCGAUACGACGCUCGAAAAGCGUCGAAGCUUUCCGUUGCAAAAUGGCUUAAUUCUUUGAGGGGCGAUGGUGCAGCUUAUGUACAAUUCUUCACAAUUGAAUAUGUAUAAGUCUAAUAAUAUCGCUAGGUGCCACUUUAAUGCGUUUCUGUGUUGGUGCGAUGUGGUUUUUUCAAUUCACAAACUAUACAGUGCCUAAGUUUUUCUUCUGAUAUUUCCUUUCUCUUUUGGCGGCCCUCUCCGAGUGAAAAAAAAAAAAGAAACAUUUCGCUGUCUUUUUCGGCCCCUGAAAGAGUUAAGAGGGAGAGGUUAUAAAUAUACAUGGGGAUAGAGAAAAGAGAAACGAAAUCUACCGAAAGCGAAAAGCUCGCGUAUCUUUCACACGAAGGAAACUAGAAUACAAUUAUUAUCAUCAUUAUUGAU